UUGUCUGAAUAAUAACAGAGCUGGUUUGGCGCCGACUUCCACCAGGGUCGCGUGCAGAGAACUUUAGUGGGGCCAGCAGUGGCAUCGUCUGUAAAGCAACGGCAUUUCGGUUCCUUACCCCGGUAAACCUUCAGGGGGUUUUCUUUGCAUUCAUUUGUUCAGUCUUCUGCAAGUCUCUGGAAAAAAAUCUAAUUCGUUUUAUAACCAACCCCAGAUGCGGCAGUGUGUGUGAGAGUGUGUGUGUGUGUGUGUGUGUGUUCGCCAGUGCUGGAGAGAAAGAGUUCUUGCUGCAAGGGCUAAAGGAGAACGAAGAAACAAACGGUUUGGAUUUUUUCAAUUCCAUUUUUUGGGGGGUGAUUUUUUAGGAAUGAACGCAGAUACGUGCGUUUCAUACUGUGAUAUGACAUCCAUGGAUUCAUAUUAUAACACGCCUUCGCCACACGGUAGGGAUCAACAACCAUCGGAUCCCUUCAGAAUAUUCCAACCGAGUGAAACCAAAUACAGCCCAACGUUCCUACCCAAAGGACAACAGGGUUACGAGGAGAAGUCUCGGAGUCCUUUCCAACAGGAGUGCCAGUCACUGGAUGACGGCACAGAGGAGGGCAACAACUUCAACAAAUACCACCUCUUCAUGCAACGACCGACCUGCAAAACACCCCCGGAAGGCGAAAAACUCCACCAGGAAAGCGGAGGACACAACGACGCGCUCAUCCCCUGCUAUGCCAAAGACAACGGCGGUCUAACCGAAUCUGAGCUGACCCCAAACACCGACUCUCCCGGGAUGGAAGGUUCCUACCUGAACCUGAAGGAACCGGGGUUAGGGGUCAGAGGUCAGGGCUCCGACCACCUCUCCAGUCUCGUGGACAAAGGGAGCGAGGCAGCAGACAGCAACAAGGGAAAGAAGAGACGGAAUCGUACCACGUUCACCUCCUACCAGCUGGAGGAACUAGAGAAGGUGUUCCAGAAGACACACUAUCCCGACGUUUACGUCAGAGAACAACUGGCGUUGAGGACCGAUCUGACAGAGGCCAGAGUACAGGUGUGGUUCCAGAACCGGCGUGCUAAGUGGAGGAAGAGGGAGAGGUUUGGUCAGAUGCAGCAGGUCAGGACUCACUUCUCUAGUGCCUACGAGCUACCCCUCCUCACCAGGCCAGAGAACUACACACAGAUCCAGAACCCAUCGUGGCUCGGUGUUGGCAGCGGUGUCUCUCCUGUACCUGGCUGUGUGGUGCCCUGUGACGGGUCAGUCACCUCCUGCAUGCCUCCCCACCCUCAUGGAGGGGUCUCCGACUACCUAGGCGUGCCCAGCCCGGGCGCAAUGGGGCAUGAGGGUCACAUGGGACAGACACACAUGGGAAGUCUCUUUGGGGCUGGAGGAAUGGGCGGAGGAAUGGGCGGAGGAAUGGGCGGAGUGGGUGGCGGUCUCAGCGGUUACGACCUGACCAGUGUCGACCCAGACAGAAAGUCUUCUAGUAUCGCGGCGCUGCGUAUGAAAGCUAAGGAACACAGUGCUGCCAUCUCCUGGAACACAUGAUGCUAUGGGAUUGUUCCUGGGUCUGGCCCCACCCUGGUCAGACACGCCCUAACCCUGCCUCCUCAUCCAUACUCUCCUGAACCUGGACAAGGCCAAGCCCAGUACUGGGAAGGAGGAAGAGGAGGAGCAGGACGAGGAGGAAGGUCAGGAUGGGACUACGACUACGCCACCUGAUAGCACUAAUAAUACCAAAGCAGGUGAAAUGAAUGAACUACAACCCGAGACGACAGGAGAGACCAUCACAGGAAACGAUUCAGCAGCUUUAGAAUGAUAACAACGAUGACGUCACCAUGACAAUCAGCAGGAGACGCUGAGAAAAGAAGACGCUAGACAGAGGGAGUGGUGCUACUUGAUCUCUCAGACCUCUGAAGGGGGAACGUGCCAUUUUCCCUGUCCCUCUUUAUCCUCUAUGCCAUCAACCCUGUCCCUCUUUAUCCUCUAUGCCAUCAACCCUGUCCCUCUUUAUUCUCUAUGCCAUCAACCCUGUCCCUCUUUAUUCUCUAUGCCAUCAACCCUGUCCCUCUUUAUCCUCUAUGCCAUCAACCCUGUGCCUCUUUAUCCUCUAUGCCAUCAACCCUGUCCCUCUUUAUCCUCUAUGCCAUCAACCCUGUCCCUCUUUAUCCUCUAUGCCAUCAACCCUGUGCCUCUUUAUCUCUAUGCCAUCAACCCUGUCCCUCUUUAUUCUCUAUGCCAUCAACCCUGUCCCUCUUUAUCCUCUAUGCCAUCAACCCUGUCCCUCUUUAUUCUCUAUGCCAACCACCCUGUCCCUCUUUAUACUCUAUGCCAUCAACCCUGUCCCUCUUUAUUCUCUAUGCCAACCACCCUGUCCCUCUUUAUUCUCUAUGCCAACCACCCUGUGCCUCUUUAUUCUCUAUGCCAACCACCCUGUGCCUCUUUAUUCUCUAUGCCAACCACCCUGUGCCUCUUUAUUCUCUACGCCAUCAACCCUGUCCCUCUUUAUUCUCUAUGCCAUCAACCCUGUCCCUCUUUAUCCUCUAUGCCAACCACCCUGUCCCUCUUUAUUCUCUAUGCCAACCACCCUGUCCCUCUUUAUUCUCUAUGCCAACCACCCUGUGCCUCUUGUUCUGUUGAAACCCACCACCUGAAACCAAUCCACUUCAAGCCUGGUUCUUCUGAGGACACAAACAACAUGUUGCAAAAACCCCCCCAUUACAAACACUACAACUCUAAUGAGCAAAACUCCCUGAUGAAGAGCACUGACGAACCAGCGCAAAGUCUUCAUGAAUCAUCCUCAUGCAUAACUUUUCUCUUUCUUCUCACAGCGACACAAUGACCAAUUGUCUAAGAGGUAUUAAUGGUUUGGUAAUAAGUGAACAUCUGAAUAACAUCUGUGUUUGGUUUUGACUGCAUGGGAUGUGCUGGCAGCUGUGACCCUGUUUCUAGGUUCCUAUAACUGUGGGUGACACAAGCGACACGGUUCCAUGCCAAUUUGGUUGGUGGAAGUGGAGGGCAGAGAGCAGAAAGUGUACACUUGGCAAUCAUAUCAAGUGAAUGUGUAAUUUCCUCCCCAUAGGACUGCCUCCCUCCCAGCGCCGACCUAUCAGGUUACAGGAAACACAUUCUCCCCUAGCAACAGGCAGGAAUAACACAGAAACACUAGACAGUGAUUAGGCCUGUCAUUAGACAGUCAUUGGGCCUGUCAUUAGACAGUGAUUGGGCCUGUCACUAGACAGUGAUUGGGCCUGUCAUUAGACAGUGAUUGGGCCUGUCACCAGACAGUGAUUGGGCCUGUCACUAGACAGUGAUUGGGCCUGUCAUUAGACAGUGAUUGGGCCUGUCACUAGACAGUGAUUGGGCCUGUCACUAGAUUUAAAUACCUCCCUCCCUCCCUCCCCCCCUUCCUCCCCAUAAAAGUCUGGGUGAGGAUUCAGAAUAUGAAAAUUGGACAAUUGCAUGUAAUUCCGGCAUUUUGACUGCAUUAAAUGUAAUGUACAGGCUAUCAAACCUGAUCAGGCCUAACAACAAAACAAAUGAUGACGCUAACUGACGUGAGGCUCAUGUCUUCUCCUGCCCUGUAGACAUGAACUUCACAGUAGUACCUACUGUUCCUCCAAGAUAGCGCCCCACUCCUCUAAAUCCUCCAACUCCUCCAACUCCUCCAACUCCUCUAGCUCCUCUAGCUCCUCCAACUCCUCCAACUCCUCCAACUCCUCCAACUCCUCUAGCUCCUCCAACUCCUCCAACUCCUCCAACUCUAAUCCCCAUAGCCUCUCUAAAUCAUCUAACUCUAAUCCCCAUAGGGCCUCUAACUGUAAUAUCUGUAGGCUCUCUAAAUCCUCUAAUUACUCUAAAUCCCCUAAAUCCUCUAACUCCUCUAAAUUAUCUAACUCUAAUCCCCAUCGGCUCUCUAAAUCCUCUAACUCCUCUAACUCUAAUCCCCAUCGGCUCUCUAAAUCCUCUAACUACUCUAACUCCUCUAACUCUAAUCACCAUAGGGCCUCUAAAUCCUCUAACUCCUCUAAAUCCUCUAACUCUAAUCACCAUAGGGCCUCUAACUCCUCUAAAUCCUCUAACUCUAAUCCCCAUAGGGCCUCUAACUCCUCUAAAUC